AUGUCAUUCGGCGGUCAAACGCCCACCAUUGUGGUCCUCCGCGAGGGUACCGACCAGUCCCAAGGCCGAGGACAGGUGUUGUCCAACAUCAAUGCCUGUCUUGCCGUGCAGUCGACGAUUAAGGGCACCCUUGGCCCCUAUGGCGGGGAUCUGCUCAUGGUCGAUGCGAACGGAAAACAGACCAUCACGAAUGAUGGAGCUACCGUGAUGAAGCUCCUCGAUAUUGUCCACCCCGCCGCUCGCAUCCUCACAGAUAUCGCCCGCUCCCAAGAUGCCGAAGUUGGAGAUGGAACCACAUCCGUCGUUGUGUUGGCAGGAGAAAUACUCAAGGAAAUCAAGGACUAUGUUGAGCAAGGCGUGAGCACCCAGACUAUCAUCAAGGGCCUCCGGAGAGCUUCGAACAUGGCCGUGAACAAGAUCAUGGAGAUCGCCGUAGACACCGCCGCCGCGAACCAACGGGAAACCCUCCAAAAGCUCGCAGCGACCGCCAUGAGCAGUAAGCUGAUACACCGCAACUCGGACUUCUUCACAAAGAUGGUUGUUGAUGCUGUGUUGUCUCUGGAUCAGGAGGACCUGAACGAGAAGUUGAUUGGAGUUAAGAAGAUUACCGGAGGUGCUCUCCAGGACUCACUGUUCGUAAAUGGCGUGGCUUUCAAGAAAACAUUCUCGUAUGCAGGGUUUGAGCAGCAGCCCAAAGCCUUCAAGAACCCAAAGAUCGUCUGCUUGAAUGUCGAACUAGAGCUCAAGAGCGAGAAGGACAAUGCGGAGGUCAGAGUGGAGCAGGUCUCAGAGUAUCAGGCCAUUGUGGAUGCUGAAUGGCAAAUCAUUUUCGACAAGAUGGAGGCGCUUUACAAGACUGGUGCGAAGGUGGUUCUCAGCAAACUCCCAAUUGGCGAUCUCGCAACACAAUACUUUGCGGACCGCGACAUUUUCUGCGCCGGACGGGUAACAUCGGAUGAUCUCGAGCGUGUAUGCCUGGCGACCGGUGCCAGCAUUCAAUCCACUUGCUCGGACAUCCAGCCCAAGCAUCUUGGAACUUGUGAGUUGUUUGAAGAGAGGCAGAUUGGAGGCGAAAGAUACAACUUCUUUGAAGGGUGCCCGGCAGCAAAGACCUGCACACUUGUGUUGCGAGGAGGUGCAGAGCAGUUUAUUGCCGAAGUCGAGCGCAGCUUGCACGACGCAAUUAUGAUUGUAAAGCGCGCAAUCAGGAACAGGAACAUCGUUGCCGGUGGCGGUGCAGUGGAGAUGGAGAUAUCCGCUCACCUGCAUGCGUACGCCAACAGGGAUGUUCCGAACAAGCAGCAGUCCAUCAUCAAGGCCUUUGCCAAGGCAUUAGAGGUGAUACCUCGUCAAUUAUGUGACAAUGCUGGCUUCGAUGCUACGGAUAUUCUGAACCGCCUCAGAGUGGAGCACAAGAAGGGCAACAUCUGGGCGGGUGUUGACUUCGUGCAUGAGGGCAUUGCGAACAACAUGGAAACGUUUGUCUGGGAGCCAAGUCUAGUGAAGAUCAAUGCUCUGCAGGCCGCAACAGAAGCUGCCUGCCUCAUUCUGAGUGUUGAUGAGACGAUACAGAACCAGGAGUCACAACAAGCGCAGGCGCCAAAUAAGCCGCUACCUCCAGGAGCAGCACAGAGGGCACUGGGCAUGAGGGGCCGCGGCCGGGGUAUGCCCAGGCGGUAA